AUGGCGUUUCUAAUCUACAUCUUCUUCUUUUUGACUACACUCGCUCUGGCAGCGCCUACAACUUCUCGAUUGAAAAGCAGGUCCUUUCAAGUGGAUCGAGUCCAGCGUAAUGGCUAUGUAGCCCAUGGCCCCGCGGCUCUGAGCAAGGCAUACCGCAAGUUCAAUAUUUCUUCUACGACAACAGCGACAACGGCUUCAACGAACUCUGGUUUCCAGGCGCUGAAUUUUAAGCCCAUCAAUCAUCGUUAUCGUAAUAAACAUAAUGCCGCUGUGGGCACAAACUCGACUUCUGCUGGUCAGAAUGGAACGGUGGCUACGACUUCUGUUGACGGGGACGUAGAGUUUGUGUCGCCUGUGAGCAUUGGUGGGCAGACGAUCAUGAUGGAUUUUGACACGGGGUCUUCGGAUUUGUGGGUUUUCAGCUCAGAACUGUCGGCUGCGGAUCAAAAGAGUCAUACAGUAUUUGACACCCAGAAAUCGAGCACAUUCAAAAAGAUGCAAGGUGCGACAUUCAAAAUCUCGUACGGAGACGGAUCCUCUGCAUCUGGCAACGUCGGCACCGACGUCGUCAACAUCGGUGGCGCCAGCGUGCAGACGCAGGCCGUCGAGCUCGCGACACAAGUGUCUGGUUCAUUCUUAGCCGAAACGGCUUCCAACGGGCUCGUCGGGCUUGCGUUCUCUAACCUCAACACGGUUUCACCGACCCAGCAAAAGACUUUCUUUGACAACAUCGCCAGCCAGCUGGACGAGCCGGUCAUGACCGUCUCUCUCAAAUCAGACAGCAGCAAGGGAGCCUAUGAGUUUGGCACCAUCGACUCGACCAAGUACACGGGCAAGAUUGCGAAUAUCUCUGUGGAUCCUACCAACGGGUUCUGGCAGUUUACUUCUGCCUCGUUCAAGGUUGGCGACAACGGUGACACGAAGCAGAUGACCACCACGACCGUCGCCAUCGCCGACACGGGCACGUCUCUAAUGCUGGUGAGCCCCGAGGCAGCUCAGGGAUAUUAUGAGCAGGUCGAAGGGUCGGUGAAUUCUGAGGAGGUCGGCGGAUACAUGUUUCCUUGCAACGCGCAGCUGCCGACGUUCACGGUUGCAGUGGGCAAGAGCACGGCAACUAUUCCGUCGAAUGUGGUCAGUUUUGCGCAGGUUGGGACGGACAUGAGUGGCACAGAGUAUUGCUACGGCGGUAUCCAAUCAAGCGAGGAUUCCAAGUUCAUGAUCUUUGGAGAUGUGUUUUUAAAGACCAUGUUUGUGAUAUUUGACCAAAGAGGCCCAUCGCUCGGUCUGGCUACUUCUGCGUAA